AUGGAGGAAAUUCAUCCGUUUUAUUCGGAUUUGAUGAAUAUUCUCUACGAUCGUGAUCACUACAAAAUCGCGUUGGGUCAAAUGAACACCGCACGUCAUCUCAUCGAUGGAAUCGCUCGUGAAUACGUUCGUCUCAUGAAGUACGACGACUCGCUCUACCGUUAUCCCUCUACUCGUACAUUGAUUCUCUGUGGAUUCCCUAAUGUCGGAAAGUCAUCAUUCAUCAAUAAUGUGAUUCGUGCUGAUGUUGAAGUUCAGCCAUACGCCUUCACCAUCAAUCGUCUCUAUGUUGGACAUUUGGAUUAUCAUUUCCUCAGAUGGCAGGUAAUCGAUACCCCCGGAAUUCUCGAUCAACCAUUGGAGGAUCGUAACACUAUCGAAAUGCAAGCGGUCACUGCUCUUGCUCACUUGAAAUCCUCCGUUCUCUUCAUGAUGGACGUGUCGGAGCAGUGCGAUCGCACCAUUGAAGAACAACUCCAUCUUUUCGAGUCGAUUCGCCCACUUUUCGCCAACAAGCCAGUUCUUAUCGGUUUGAACAAGGUCGACAUCAGACAUCGUGGAGAAUUGCCAGCUGAGAAGGCGGCUCUUCUGUAUCAACUCGAGAAAGAGGGAAUCCCAAUCGUCGAGACUUUCACGUUGACUCAAGAAGGAGUGAUGUCAUUCAGAGAUCGUGCUUGCGACGAGCUUCUUGCUCAACGAGUCGAGGCUAAGAUUCAAGCCAAAAAGAUCACGAAUAUCGAGGAUUCUGUGCUGAAUAUUUGGAUAUUGACGAUGAGGAGACCAAAGAGAAAAUGA